AUGGGGGGUUGCCCUGUAGUUGAGGAGAAACUGGUUCAUCGCUUGCUUCCAGUUUUUCUUCUCGAUGAUUGCAGCCCGAAUACAUUUCUGUAGUGUGCGCAUAAAACGCUCGGCCUCUCCAUUUCCUUGAGGCCAGUAUGGCCUGAUCUUGCGGUGAGUAAAGGUUCCUCACGCUGAGGACAAGGUUCCUCACGCAGAAGGCAAGUUUCCUCACGCAGACGACAAGGUGCCUCACGCUGAGGACAAGGUACCUCACACUGAGGUCAAGGUACCUCACACUGAGGACAAGGUUCCUCUAGUUGACGACAAGGUUCCUCAAGCUGAGCACAAGGUACCUCACACUGAGGACAAGGUUCCUCAAGCUGAGGACAAGGCACGUCACACUGAGGACAAGGUACCUCACACUGAGGACAAGGUUCCUCACGCUGAGUAAAAGGUACCUCACGCUGAAGACAAGGUACCUCACACUUAGGACAAGGUACACCACAGUGAGGACAAUGUUCCUCAAGCUGAGGACAAGGUACCUCACACUGAGGACAAGGCUCCUCACGCUGAGUACAAGGUACCUCACACUGAGGACAAGGUACCUCACACUGAGGACAAGGCACGUCACACUGAGGACAAGGCACCUCACACUGAGGACAAGGUUCCUCACGCUGAGUACAAGGUACCUCACGCUGAAGACAAGGUAGCUCACACUUAG